ACAGUGUGUUCUCAGGGUCCUUUUUGUUCCUGCUGUUUUUACCGUUACCCCUCGCGCUGCUAACGACGUUGCUAACGACUACGGUCGGUUAGCAACAGGUCGGUUAGCAACAGAAACCAGAGGUCCAGUAUCGUGGGAGGAUGCGGCAUAUAUAUAACUAGAAGACUUGAGAUGUCAGCAGGCAAGAUGAACCAGGAAGACGUUUUAGCAAAGCUGAAGAAGGAUGUUCGUUCCUUGCUCAUAUCAGCUAAGAUGGGCUUGGACCCCGAUCAGCUCAGGCGAGACUAUGUCGCCAUGUUGGGGCAUCCCAUGCCCCUGAAACUCCUAGGCUUCAGACACAUCAUGGAUAUGGUGAAGGAGAUGCCUGAUGUGGUGUCGAUUAUCUUCAGGGUAGAUGGCAGCACAUGUUUAAAGGCUGUUGGCGACGAUUCCACCCGAAACAUCGAGGAGCUAGUAGCUAAGCAGCGCACUCCUAAGACCAACAAGAAGUUCAAGUGGGGAGGAGGUGUCAGCUACUUCUCGCCCCGCUACUUUCACCAGCCCACCCCCGCUGUGGUCCUUCCCAGAAGAGGUCCUGCUCCUUUGGCUGUCCCUGCCCAGCUGAGGGCACAGCUUCGCAUACUGCUCUCCCAGGGUCCACUUAGGUUGUCUGACCUGGAGGCCAGCUUCCUGCGCUGCUUCGGCCAACAGCUUCGUGUCCACAACUACGGCUUCUAUUCCACCGGAGAGAUGUUGGAGGCAUUGGCGGACCUGAUCCUUAUCCAGCAGGGCAGACUGGGCUCAGUUCUGACCCUGAGGGAACAUAUGCUGCCCAGGCUGCUGCUCAUGCCUACCAGCUCACCAAGGAGGACUGGACCCAUAAAGUCACAAUCGCCUGCAACUGACACAUCAGCCUCCAAAGGGCCAGACACCAGAACUCAAACUCCAGUAACACUCCCAGUUCCAGUGAAGCAGAGUCCUCUGGACCAGCCUGUUACUAAGACUACCUUGGGCCCUGUUCAUAAAGAGUCAAUAACUGUCAGUAACAAGCCACAGAUGGUUGAGGAGAACCAGGAAGCAGACCCAGAGCUCUGUGAGGAAGGUGGGCUCUUCCAGAAACGUGUCAUCAAGCUGGAGGAGGAGCUUCGCCAGCGAAUCCUGGAGAAUGGAGUCGCUGGCACCAUCAGUCAGGAGCUGAAGGACAAGCUACGAAAGGUUGUAGGUCAGACCAGUGGUGGAUUAUCUGUGCACGAUCUGCCUGAUGAGUACAAGAGGCUUUUUGGUGAGGACUUUCCGCUGCUACAGAGCGGCUUUGUCAGUGUCACCGAACUUGUCAGUGCCAUGAGUGACACCUUCCACCUGAAACCUGUACUGGGUGACAAUGGACAACACUGGAUAGUCAUGGACAUACAGGACAGUGACGAUACACAAACAGACUCAAAGGUGACCGAGAGUUUUGGUGACAGUCAGAAGCUGAGCCACUAUUUCAACUGUGGAGAGUCUCCUUGGGAAGGCAAGCUGGAAGGAGACAACGAUAAUAUCACAGCAGAUGAUGAGAAUGAGGAGCUAGAGACCACAAACAAUUGCAAGACCCAAGAAAUGAUAUCUUGGAUGUACCCUGCCAUUCAGGUGCAUUGCAGCCCUGCGGUGCCCCUGGACGCCCUGCAGAGUCAGCGUCUCAAGCCGCCGACACGUCACGGUGCUCGAGAGCUGGCAGGCGUCCUGGUGGAACAGGUGGAGUCACCUGGACAUUUCUACAUCCACUUCAGCGAGACUGAGGAGGCCGAAGCUAUGGAGGACAUGAUGUUUGAGAUGAGACGAUGUUACACCUGUCCUGAGGUAUCAGAGCGUUACUGCCUCCCUGAGCAAUAUGUCCGACGGGGUCAAGUCUGCUGCUUGUCACCCAAAGGAAUAUGGUUCUACCGGGUUGUGAUCCAUCAGAUCAUCAGCCCCACUCAGGUCGAGGUGUAUUUUGUUGACUUUGGCGAUAUGCUUGUGGUACAGCGGGCCAACCUCAAGUUCCUCAAGUCAUGUUAUUCCGUUCUUCCGGCGCAAGCAGUUCCGUCAUCACUCGCUGGAAUUAAACCCACCACUGGCAGCUGGACUGCCGAGGCUAGGGCUUCUUUCCAGAAGCUGUGCUCUGAUCGCACCCUGGUGGGCGCUUUGGAGUGUUACACUGGAGAUGUGCUUCAGCUCUACCUGUGUGACACACAUACUGAUAUCGACAUCUACAUCCACAAAGUCCUGCAGAGCCAGGGCCACGGGACAGCCUGCAACCCUGCAGCCAGUGCAGCACUGUGUGUCCACGUCAGCCCAGUGAGUCUCUACCUGGGGGAGGGAAUGGUUGACCUGCCAGAGGUAGAAGAGACCACUUCUUCACCCAAGCCAGCAAACAUGCUUGAACAGUCCAUGUCGGCUUUAUUGACGGUUGAAGACGAAGAGCUGCCCGAGCUGGAGUUUAUUGAAGUCAGCCCCCACAUCCAGGGUAUGGAUGACAACCCAUUCAGUGCUCUGCUAAAUGAUCAAACCCUCAGCUACAGUGAAUUGGGCUGGGCCUUGACCAACAAAUCGCCUCCUACCAACCCUUCCUGUCUGCCCUCCAGCCCUCUCGCCCCUCCAGAUGUGAUCCAGACCCAGACGACCCCAGCUCACUGUAACGCAGAUCUUAAACAUCUCCUACAGCUCCUGCAGUUCAACACCGAAAGAGGAGCAGCACCGGCCCAAACUCGUUGCCCCCUCGUUGGUCAGGCCACCUCCGAUCCUGAGGACCGAGAGCCUCCACACACCUGACCUGGCCCGAAUCCAAGACUGCACUCAGGGUACAUGUACAUGCAUCUUUACUUGUUGAGAGAAGUAUUCAAUGUGCACAGAAGUCAUGAUCUUAACUUUAAGAAUAUAGUCGGCUAAGGUGUUAUGAUUCAAAUUGAGUAACUGCAACAGAUUCAUAAAAAUUAAUACUUUCACUCUUUAUUGUAGAGUGAUAAGUAAGUUUGAUUUACUGUUAAGCUAUUUCAGCAAAUGUGUUUUUUUUUAUUUGAAUUUGUUGUUGAAUGGCAAAAACAUUGUUCUUGUCAUUUCUGUUCAUUAUAAACACAAAAAAUGCACUACUUCUUGUGAGGGACUA